CUAUCGGAAUCUCAAUCACAAUGCGAUGAAUUGGAAAAACAAUUACUGAGAGUCAGUGACUACCAAAACGGCCGGCCGUUGACCGCCAGCACUGCCACCGGUGCCGACAGUCAGUCGUCGGAAACGUCGGACAGUCCUGUCGUCGAUUACCCCCAACAGCGACGCCGACCAUCGGUGGGGCCGACGGCUAAUGGAGGGUCCGAUCGGGAGAGACGUCUAGAGAAGGAGUUGAGCCAAAGGGUUAAGGAGUUGUCGGAGUUGUCCGCGAAGUAUAGUCGACGUAAGCAACGGCACCGGGAGAUGGUAUCCAGGCUUAGACAGUAUGUGUCGAAAGAGAACCGCGAAUUGAAUACAUUAUUGCAUUCAUUGGAUGUGAAGUACAGGGCGUCCGAAGAAGAGUUACAAAAACACCGAAAGUAUUGUCGCAUUCAAGAGAUUACGGCUAUUAAUGAUAUCCAAUGA